AUGCUCUUGGAACUCCAGUCUCAGAUCGCAUUUAUAUUCGUAUAUGAAGCCGACUUCCCAUCCUGUGAAGCCGCCUGUGGCCAAUCACCAGCCCUUGUGCACAGCUGCCUGCGCUUUCGAGGCAGGGACUGCUGCCACCCCGUGCCCACAGCUUCGGCUUCAACAUGGAGGGCGUUUUCACUCCAAAGGCUUUUUUCAGAGGCAGACUUCCACGUGGAUCAGAACUGUGAAGGUCGAUGCCGCAUUAAUCGUUUCCCUUCCAAUGUCAUUGCCCCAGAGGCUGUACACCUGCUCUGCCAUGCAGCGACUACACAUCCAAGCUUGCCACGAAAGAUGAAAGCAGACUCGAUUCUGCAUGGCGAGGAUUGCUUUGGCCUUGGAUGGCACCGUGCCCGAUCGCCAUCAGUGUGCAUUUCAGCAUUUUAG